UGCGUAUUAUCAACCUAGCGGCUGCAGGGUAGGGAGAAUCGGUGGGAGUUAGCUAGGUGUGUAAUGGCGGCUUCGGUGUUGUUGUCUGCGGAGAACACCGGACCGAGUUUUGCGGUCGGCAAUUCUGGAGUGGUCGGGUCUCCCGGUAAUGGAGUAGGGGCACCGGGUCCUGCGUCUUGGAAUCGGUCUCUGGACAGGGCAUUAGACGAAGCCUCGGCAACUGGUUGUCUCAACCUCAGCGGCAGGAAACUGAAGGAGUUCCCGAGGAGCGUCGCCAACCACGACCUCACAGACACAACUCGGGCCGAUCUGUCCCGUAACCGUCUGCCAGAACUGCCCGUGGAGGUGUGUAUGUUUGUUUCUCUGGAACACCUUAACCUCUACCAGAACUGCCUGCGCUCACUGCCUGAGAGUCUUCUCAAUCUCCAGGCCCUCACCUACCUGAACAUAAGUCGAAACCAGUUGUCGACCCUGCCCAGCCCGGUGUGCAGUCUGCCGUUGAAGGUCCUGAUUGCCUGUAACAACAAGCUUGUCUCCCUUCCCGAAGAGCUAGGCCAACUACUACAGCUCACAGAACUGGACGUGAGUUGUAAUGAGAUCCAGACACUCCCUCCUCAGGUUGGUCGACUGGACUCGCUGCGAGACCUUAACAUCCGUCGCAACCACCUGGCCCGCUUGCCCCCAGAGCUGUCUGAGUUGCCCCUGGUGCGUUUGGACUUCUCUUGUAACAAGGUGACAUCCAUCCCUGUGUGUUACCGCAACCUGCGCCACCUACAGAGCAUCGUGCUGGACAACAACCCACUACAGAACCCACCUGCACAGAUUUGUAUAAAGGGGAUGAUCCAUAUAUUUAAGUAUCUGAACAAUGAGGCCAGCAAGACACCACCUGAGCUCCCAGACUACGACAGGAGACCCCUCCCCUUCGGAUCUUGUGUGGAGGAGCUAUACCCUGGCCGGCCAUACGGCGCACUGGACUCUGGCUUCAACAGCGUGGACAGUGGAGACAAGAGAUGGUCAGGCAACGAGCCCACAGAUGAGUUGCCGGACCUGCCACUGCGUGUGGCAGAGAUCACCAAAGAACAGAGACAGCGGAGGGAGAGGGAGGAGCACAGGACAACUGGCUCCCAUCCUGUUACCAACGGCACAUUAGAGGGAGAGCUGGAGCAGAUAGACUUUAUAGACAGUUGUGCAGGAGAGGAGGAAGAGGAGGGUAGGAGAGGAGAAGUAGCAGAAACCAUCAGCCUCAGCUCCCAGUUCAUGGCAUACAUCGAGCGCCGCAUCACUGGAGAGAGCUCUCCAGUCAAGUCCAACUCCUCCAGAGACUCAAGGACAGACGACCCGAGGCGACACAAUUCUCUGCAGAACAGGACUGUCCAUGAUCCAACCUCUUCUACCUCUCACAAUCAGAGAGGGUCAGGGGCUGGGGUUGGUGCAGGUCCGAGCGUGGAGCGCGUGCGGAGGAUGGCCCAGUUGGCCGCCCUGCGGUACGAGGAGGAGAGGCAGAAGCCACGCUCAGUGCAGCGGGACGCCGUCAUGACCUACGUCAAGCACAAAGUGUCUCAAAGUCCUACCAAGCUGAGUCCCACAGAGAACGAGAACGCGUACCCCUCCAGGCGUUCCACCCACACGGACGACUCGGCCCUCUUCAUGAGCGAGUACCAGCCUCGCAUGGUGUUUGAGAUAGACACUGACACCAACACCAUAAAGAGGAAGCCUGGCACUCACAAGCAGUCUCUUACUGUGUCUGGGAUGUCCAUAGAUGGGUGUCUCUCCUAUCCUGCCGAUAUUGCCCCAACUUGUCUACUGCAGCAGGGCGAGGAUCGCUGCUCCUCCCUGUCUCCCACAGCCCUCCAAUCACCUUCUUACCCCGGCCCUGUUACUCCACCCUCCUGCUGUGGACCCGCCCAGCGGCCGGACAGCUUCUUGUUUCGCCUCAGCCAGAAGGAAGAGCAGAGGAGAGGUGAUGGUGCCGCCCCCAGGCCAGAGCCUGAAGAUGUGACCCCUACCCAGGCUCAAGGCCCCAUGGGAGAGGAGGCUGCUCUGGUGGAGCAACUGCGGAAGAACAUAGAGUCGCGUCUGAAAGUGUCCUUGCCAAGCGACCUGGGAGCAGCACUGACCGACGGGGUCGUCCUCUGCCAUCUGGCAAAUCACGUGCGGCCACGAUCCGUACCCAGCAUCCAUGUGCCCUCCCCUGCUGUGCCCAAACUGACGAUGGCCAAAUGUCGGCGGAACGUGGAGAACUUUCUGGAGGCGUGUCGCAGGAUCGGGGUUCCACAGACCCAGCUGUGCCUGCCCCUCCACAUCCUGGAGGAGAGAGGGCUCCCCCAGGUGGCCGGGACGGUGUGUGCGCUCCUGAAGCUGGCCCCGUCCAAACACACAACUUCCCCCGCCACGACCAUUACUACCCCUCUGGCCAUUUAGUGCAGCGGACAUUCGUCGACAUUCACUCUCAUGGAUGGACAGACACAGGACCCACUCUCUCCCUCUCCGAGGGUAUGUUACAUGACUUUCCCUCUCGACCACCCCUGGCACAAGGGUGUGAAGAGAAGACACCCUAAAAAAUGCUACCCCAUUUUCCCCCAGCCUCCUCAGCCAUACAGGGGCACCCCAGCCUUCCCAGACAGGUCUUCCCCAAUGGAGAGAGAGAGAGGGAACACAAGUAGGUAAAAGAAAGGGUUGACUGUCUUUCCCCCAGUGUCCCCACACAGACUGCUUAUGACUUGCAGCCUCUAAAGAGAGACAGACAACCGAGAUUGUUCCAGACAAAUGGUCAGUUGGACGGCAAGGAAGAGGGUUAUUUUAUUUUCUAAUAUUAGUCAGUUGUUUUCUCUCACUUUUCUCUCCAUCCUCCUUUUACUGAUGUUCACCAGGGAUUGUUUUAUUUUACACCAUUACUAUUAUUAUUGCAUCUCAUUUCUCAUAUUCAUUUUACUGUCACAUGUCAGAUCCUUGAAGGUCAGCGGGGUCAGGUAGGGGGAAGGGUUCGGAGACUAGGAACUUGUCGGUUGUCUAAGUAACACAGUCAUGUGAGCAACAGUCACGUUGAUGCUGCCAACACUUACAAUGGCUGUUAUGAAAUGAACCCGUCUUCUCCAUUUUCUAUUAUGUGGUCAAAUCACAAGCUAGCUGAUUCAAAAGCGAUGCUGGAGUAGAAAGAGAGUGGGAGCUCUGGGAAUCUCUGUUUUAUUCUUUCUCACAAUGUUGUGUACAAAUAUAUACUGAGUGAACAAAACAUUAGAAACACUAUCCUAAUAUUGAGUUGCACCCCCUUUUACCCUCAGAUCAGCCUCAAUUUGUUGGGGCUGAGGGAUGCUGGCCCAUGUUGACUCAAAUGCUUCUCACAGUUGUCAAGUUAGCUGGAUGUCCUUUGGGUAUUGAACCAUUAUUGAUAAACACGGGAAACUGUUGAGCAUGAAAAACCCAGCAGCGUUGCAGUUCUUGACACUCAAAUCGGUGCGCCUGGCAUCUACUACCAUACUCAGUUCAAAGGCACUUAAAUAUUUUGUCUUGCCCAUUCACCCUCUGAAAGCCACACAUACACAAUCCAUGUCUCAAUUGUCUCAAGGUUUAAAAAUCCUUAUUUAACCUGUCUCCUUCCUUCAUUUACACUGAUUGAAGUGGAUUUAACAAGAGACAUCAAUAAGGGAUCAUAGCUUUCACCUGAUCAGUCUGUCAUGGAAAGAGGUGUUCCUGAUGUUUUGUACACAGUGUAUAUGGGUCAUUAUACAGAAGUGGUGCAAAUUGGGGGUUGGAAAAAAAUGCAAAUUUGUAUCCUAUUUCCCCCCAAACUUUCUGCACACGUCUUCCAGCAUGUGUCAGGGAGAUAUAUAUACAUACACACACACUACUCACACUUUGUAUUGCAUAUUUGAAAUCUUUACCUUAACACUAGAUGUCAUUUCUGGAACACAGUGUAAAAGGGAGAACCAGCACAGUAGUGAUAAUUUUGAUUAACCUUAUUACACAUUCAUUUGAGAAAUGAUUUGCAUACCAAAUUAACAAAAUAACCUGUUUCAGUGUCAAUAGAGGACUCAGAUGGAUAUAAUUUGUUUUAGUAUAGACAUUGCUAUUGAGGGCUUCAACCAUUUAAAAGUAGUGAACUGGGUGUGUAUUGCUAUGGGUUGGAGUUCAGCCAAUGAUCAGACAGCAUUGUCUUCUUCAAAUUGAAAACCAAAGACGAAAGUAAUAUCAAGGAGCCAAGACCGAUAUUUAUACCAGGACAUUGGUCCCAAGAUCCAGACCCAGUGAGUUGAGACGAUGACAAAUAAAGACCAAAUUUGUGGUCUUGAGUGUUUUAUGGGGGGGGGGGGGCUCAGUCUGGCUUUCAACUUACCCCUUAAAGUCGUAGUAGUGUAUUGCACAAGGUGCCAUUUUGAAAGUGGAUAGUGCAAAAGCAGUUUCUCUUGUCAUUGCAGACUUUAGAGAGCUGUCUAUGUCAGAAAUGUCCAGAUCAACUAGCCCAUGUCAGCUAAAAUAUUUUUGCAAUGUUUUUUAGACUAUUGAUUUGCAGGAAAUAGGAUUUAAAAUGGCAAAAAUGUUCUCUCAGCCAACAAGAGGGGUGUGAACAGUUUGUCAGUAAUGUUCUUGUGCCACAGAUGUUACCCAAUGCUGGAAGGGGGCCUGAGUGAAAAGUUUGGGAACCCCUGCAGUAGAGCAUAGUACAUUAUAGACGUUUAUGUUUUGGCUAAAUCGAUGCUAAUGUUUGGGGUCUUGGAUGGUUGGAUCGCCCUGCUGGAUAUGUAUCUCAAUACUCUACACUUUUUCAUAAAGUGUGGACUUGUCCCCUACCCACAUGGUGGUCCUCUUGUAGCUCAGUCGCAGAGCAUGCCGCAUGCAACUUUAAAAUGGAGAUAGCCUCAAUGGCACUGCCCAUGCUGUCAGACGCCAUAAUGGCAUAGAUACAAAAACGAGACCUCUAUAUAAACAUCCCUUUUUCAGGACCCUGUCUUUCAAAGAUAAUUUGUAAAAAUCCAAAUAGCUUCACAGAUCUUCCUUGUAAAGGGUUUAAACACUGGUUCCCAUGCUUGUUCAAUGAACCAUAAACAAUUAAUGAACAUGCACCUGUGGAACAGUCGUUAAGACACUAACAGCUUACAGACGGUAGGCAAUUAAGAUCACAGAAACUUAGGAUACUAAAGAGGCUUUUCUGCUGACUCUGAAAAAGACAAAGAAAGAUGCCCAAGGUCCCUGCUCAUCUGCGUGAACGUGCCUGAGGCAUGCUGCAAGGAGGCAUGAGGACUGCAGAUGUGGCCAGGGCAAUAAAUUGCAAUGUCCGUACAGUGAGAAGCCUAAGACAGCUCUACAGGGAGACAGGAUGGACAGCUGAACGUCCUCGCAGAGGCAGACCACGUGUAACAACACCUGCACAGGAUCGGUACAUCCGAACAUCACACCUGCGGGACAGGUACAGGAUGGCAACAACAGCUGCCCGAGUUACACCAGGAAUGCACAAUCCUUCCAUCAGUACUCAGACUGUCCGCAAUAGGCUGAGAGAGGCUGGACUGAGGGCUUGUUGGCCAGUUGUAAGGCAGAUCCUCACCAGACAUCCCUGGCAACAAUGUAGCCUAUGGGCACAAACCCACUGUCGCUGGAAAAGACAGGACUGGCAAAGGGUGCUCUUCACUGACGAGUCACGGUUUUGGCUCACCAGGGGUGAUGGUCAGAUAUGUGUUUAUCGUCAAAGGAAUGAGCGUAACACCGAGGCCUGUACUCUGGAGCGGGAUCAAUUUGGAGGUGGAGGGUCCGUCAUGGUCUGUGGCGGUGUGUCACAGCAUCAUCGGACUGAGCUUGUCAUUGCAGGCAAUCACAAAGCUGUGCGUUACAGGGAAGACAUCCUCCUCCCUCAUGUGGUACCCUUCCUGCAGGCUCAUCCUGACAUGACCCUCCAGCAUGGCAAUGCCACCAACCAUUACUGCUCUUUCUGUGCGUGAUUUCCUGCUAGACCGGAAUGUCAGUGUUCUGCCAUGGCCAGCGAAGAGUCCGGAUCUCAAUCCCAUUGAGCACGUCUGGGACCUGUUGGAUCGGAGGGUGAGGGCUAGGGCCAUUCCCCCCCAGAAAUGUCCGGGAAGUUGCAGGUCCCUUGGUGGAAAAGUGGGGUAGCAUCUCACAGCAAGAACUGGCAAAUCUGGUGCAGUCCAUGAGGAGGAGAUGCACUGCAGUACUUAAUGCAGCUUUUGGCCACACCAAAUACUGACUGUUACUUUUGACCCCCCCUCCCCCCCUUUGUUCUUUGACACAUCAUUCCAUUUCUGUUAGUCAAAUGUCUGUGGAACUUGUUCAGUUUAAGUCUGUUGUUGAAUCGUGUUAUGUUCAUACAAAUAUUUACACGUGGUAAGUUAGCUGAAAAUAAACACAGUUGACAGUGAGAGAAUGUUUCUUUUUUUGCUGAGUUUAUAUGGUGUCAAUUGUUUUGGUUGUGACUGUUUCGGACUUCAAAGAAUCCCCAUAGCUCUCUUUCAUAUGGACAGAUGUACAUCCCACCAAACAUGUAAUUAAUGACACUAAUUCAAAAUAGAUGAUUUACCAACUUGCUCACUCAUUUUCUCCAAAAUAUCUGCAGAUGGACUACUUGCCAUAUGGCCAUGCUGGAGAAGGGUGCAAUCCCAUCACCUGGUGAUACUUGUAGGGUUGUGGCUUAAGGUACAUUAAUUCUAUUGUCUUUUAAUGUGUGUGUUUCGGUAGUGACAUCAAAAGGUGGGACAGCAUUUUUUAUAGAAAGAUGUUUAGUACAAAUGAGAUCAGUAUCUUUCAAUGUAAUAAUAGAACCAUUCAAGAUGUUCUAUUGAAAUAAUAAAAACUACUUAAAUGCUUUAUUUUCAAACAUGACGUUUAGGAAUCGGUGUAGGACAGCCAACUCAAUAGAAAUAGGUGUAUAAAAAAUGACUUUGUACUAUAUGAAUUGAACUAUAUUUGUUAUUGCCUUGGAUUGAAAUACAACAUAUCAUUAAGUAAAUUUAAAAAAAAUAUAUAUAUAUAUAUAUAGUUUUUGGGGGGGUGGGACUGCAAUUUGCACCACUUCUGUAGAAUCACUCGUAUAUAAAGCUUCAAUUUAUGUGUUUUGCCACAAGGAGUUGCAGUCUCGUGUAGCUACAUUAAUUGGACACCGCACCCCAGGGUGUAGGUAGACACUGUCCCUAAGUGCUGUGCCAGGGCAAGUCAAAUAAAAAGUUCUAUAAGAAAACAAGCCUCUUAAAAGGUUUGUGUUUUUUAGUGGGAUUGGUUCAAGCUGAUCCUAGACCAGCGUUUACAGGCAAGUUCUUCCUUGAGUGCAGCUCAAUCAAGUCUCUUAUCAAGGGCCUAUGUAUGGGCAGGUUGACUGACAGCAUGACAUCAUAGCCUGCACCUUUGCAUUCGUCUCCGUGUUUCUAUCCUGAAGUAACGGUUCUUACUUAUUAUUGUCCACUCUAGUGAUGAGUGGUUGGGGCUGGCCAGGGUCUGGGGCUGGCCAGGGUCUGGGGCUAAACAUACACUAACUUUGUAGAAAAGAAAAGUCUGUUUUAUUUUUGUAUUUUUUACAAACCACCUCAUCACCUUCACAGUUGAGUUCAACAUGGAGAGUUGAGACCAUAGACAAGUAGUAGUGAAUAGGACACUGUCUGCAUCAUGCACGGAACUCAUCUUUCAUCACUACAUGUUGCUAAAUUUGCAUGAGAUUAAAAGCGGUCUAUAGAUUUUGCUAUUGACAGUGUUCAAGACACCCUUCCGAUUCUCAUGAUCAAGUUGUUUUUAGUGUAUGGUUCAAUCAUUUUUUUAUGGACACAAGUGUGGCUCUUGCUGCAUACGUUGCUAAGUUGGUCUGUUCAUUAGGUGCCAAACAGAAGAUAAAAAAACAGGGACUACCUGUUUUUGUCCAAUAAGAAAUGUUAAUUUUUGUUAUCCAUUGCAAAAGAUUUUCAGCUGCAGUGUUACCUACAGAAAGACAGGUUAACGGACUGACUCUUAGUUCUGAGGCAGACACAACCUCUCGUUCCCAGGGAGGGGGAUGAGGGAGUGCUAGCCACAGAGCUGACAAUAAUACUGGUCAGGGCUGACCCGAGGACAACUGAUUGAAUUGGCUCUUGUUGGCAGAUUCCCACCCUCCCUUUUCAGAACUCGUAGUUUAUUGAAAAUCAAGUUAAAAUGGUAAUAUCUCUAUGUAGGCAGCCUACAUAGCUUUUACUGUAAGGAUGUGCAUCGAUGUAGGCUGGGAUUCUGCCGACAUAGCUUCUGAAGGGAAAAAUAUAUAAUUGGUAUGUUUUUACCAUGAACUUUCUUUUGGAUAGACUGAGUUGUGAAAAGGGAAGUUAAAGGUGUAUAAAUGUUUUGUAUAGAUAUUUUAGUGUUUUUCCCCCCUGCCUGACUUGGACUUUCUCCAGCAGAAAUCAUGUGACCCUACUGCUGGGUCUGGACCCUGUGACAUUUGUACAGUAAAAUAGAUGCAUUCCAUUUGUUUACAAGUAUGUACUACUUCCCACAUACAGAGAGGAACUUUUUAAUGACCGUAACAUGGUCUUUACAUUUUUACAGUUUGCUGAAAUUGUCCCCGAAAACGUAAUUAUUUUCUGGAAUUAAUAUUUGUCUUUAUCAUUAAAGUGCAUUAAUAAAAGUUUUCCAUUUCA